CAGGCUGCAACUCGUCAGGAUAUGACGUACUGGCUUCAGGAACUUCAGCAGAAGAGAUGGGAAUAUUGUAACAACCUUGACGCAGCAAAGAGGGACAGCCGAACUUCCCCUACACCAAGUGACUUUUCCAAAGGUCUUGUUGCCAAAGACAAUCCUGAUUUGAGUAUCCUAAGUCAAAAUGCUUCAGCAGAGCGAGCUAGAAAUAUUCUAGCUGUGGAGACUUCUCCUACAGACCUGGUGGGGGAACAAGCAGCUUCCCAACCUGCACCAGUCCAGCCAAGUGCCAUAAAUUUCUCACUUAAACAAUGGAGUACCGAAAUCAAAAAUUCAAUGUCCUCUUUAAGAAAAGGAAAUAACGAAAACCGUAAGAGCAUAUUUUAUACCACUGAAGAGUGGGAAUUGCUGGAUCCAACCCCAAAAGACUUGGAGGACUCGAUGGCCCUGGAAGAAAAGAGGAAACACCUGGCAGAAGGAAGCAAAGGACUCACUAGUUCAGCUUUUCCAUUCGAUUUUGGCCGCAUUCCACACAAAACAAGGCGCCCGUUAAAAGACGUGAUUGGAUCAAGCAAAAACCGGAACAGCAGUGACUCUUCUCCAACGGAGUGGUAUUCUGGUAAUGGCAACAAACUAGUCUCUGAACUGCAACUGAAGUAUCAGAGCCAGCAAGAAGAGCUGGAAAAGCUAAAGAAAGAUCUUUUGAGUCAAAAGGAACUUGUGCGACUCCUGCAGCAAACAGUCCGAUCUUCUCAAUAUGACAAAUAUUUUGCAAGCCGUCUUUGUGAGGGGGUUCCCAAAGACAAAUUAGAGCUGUUGCACCAAAAAGAUGACCAGAUUUUGGGUCUCAACAACCAGCUUGAAAAGUUAAAUCUGGAAAAAGAUAGUCUCCAGCAGGAAGUAAAGAAUCUGAAAUGUAAAGUUGGAGAACUCAAUGAGCGGCUGGGUAUGUUGAUGGAAACUAUUCAAGCUAAAGAUGAAGUGAUCAUGAAGCUCUCUCGUCAGCUCAGCGAAUGUGAGGACAAUACCUCCUCUCAGAGUGGAGCAGUAAAUUCUUCCGUGGCCACCUGUACUAAUAAGGAACUACAGGAACUGGACAGACUAAAAGACAAUCUUCAGGGUUAUAAGACCCAGAAUAAAUUUUUAAAUAAGGAGAUUUUGGAACUUUCUGCUCUACGAAGAAAUGCAGAAGCAAGAGAGAGAGAAUGGCAGGCAAAGUAUACUAGCUUGGAAGCCAAACUCUGUCAGAUAGAAAGUAAAUACUUGAUCUUGCUUCAAGAAAUGAAAACUCCUGUUUGUUCUGAGGAGCAGAGUCCUGCUCGUGAGGUCAUCACACAGUUACUGGAAGAUGCCUUGAAAGCAGAAACCAGUGAACAACCAGAACAAGCGUUUUUCAAACCACACCUGGUCAGUGAAUAUGAUAUAUAUGGUUUUCAGACGGUGCCAGAGGAUGAUGAUGAGGAGAAACUAGUAGCAAAAUCACGAGCUCUGGACCUGAGAUCACUUUCUCUCAGUGAAAAUCGAGAGAUCUCCACAGGAGUAAAAUGGGAAAACUAUCUUGCAAGCACGAUGAAUAGAGAGAUGAUGCGCUGUGUAGAACUAAAGAAUCUUAUUCGAUCUGGAAUUCCACAUGAACAUCGCUCCAAGAUGUGGAAAUGGUGUGUCAAUCUCCAUGUUAAAAAAUUCAAGGACAGCACUGUUCCUGGGUACUUCCAAACCUUGCUUCAAAAUGCUCUGGAAAAACAAAAUCCUGCAUCUAAACAAAUUGAGUUGGAUCUCUUGAGAACUUUGCCAAACAACAAACAUUAUUCUUCCCCGACAUCCGAAGGGAUCCAGAAGCUGCGAAAUGUGCUGCUGGCAUUUUCCUGGAGAAAUCCUGAUAUAGGAUAUUGCCAAGGGCUCAACAGGUAA